AUGAACCAAUAUUUAAUGGAUAGUCUACCUAAUUUGAAAUGUUUUUCAUUAAAGUGUUAUUACGAAAUAAAACAAUAUGAUAGUAAAAUCUUACCUCUUAUUCGUCGUAUGCCAAAGCUUGAAGAAUUAACCUUGAAUAUUAUGAUUGAGAAUCGAACUAAAUUUGUCGAGGGUAUUCAGAUUAAUAAUCAAAGUCUUGCUUAUAUGCCACAAAUUUGUAAAUUUACCUUUUAUAUCAGUAGCAAAAUUGAACAGCAUCAUUUAGUUUCCUAUUUAUCGAACGAAGAUAUUCAUAAAACGUUUAAUAAUAUAGGAUAUGUACAAGUGGCCUGUAUUCUAAACAACUCCUAUUCAGGUGCAACAUGUCAUAUGUUUUCAUUACCAUUUGCGUUUGAUAGUCUUCGACUUAUUGGCAAAAAAUUUACACCCAUUGUUUUUAGUCAUGUUAUAAAUUUAGAAGUUCACGAUAUAGCUUCAAUCAAACAUGACUUUUUUCUUCGAGUAGCUCGAUUUUUUCCUUUGUUUAAACCAUUUCAUAUUAUUAAUUUUACAUCACAAUCGCACAUAUCAAACGAUUAUCAAUUGGACUCAAUUGUCGAAUAUCCUUAUCUUAUUUCGCUUCAUCUAGGAAAAUCUCAUAUUGAUUAUAUGGAACAGUUUCUUAAUGAAACAAAAACACGUCUACCUCGGCUGACUGAAUUAAUGAUCGAUUAUGAUCAAUUAACAAUAGUAACAGGCAGAACUGGGCGAAAUACUCGAAGUACUCGUACUCGUACUCGAGGGUGA